GUACCCAUCAAUGCUUAUUAUGCCCAUUCCUCUUCCUUGCACAAAAGCUUGCUCUGUUUUGGAGUAGAUAAAUCUUUCCUUUUCUCAUGAGAGUUUUAUGAUUUUUUUGCCAGUAGAUAAAUCUUCUCAUGCUUUCUUGAUUUGUAUUUGUUUCUUUCUUUUAUGGUUGCCGUACGACACGAAAGAAGAAAGCUUAGAACACACAAAGACAAAACUCAAGUCCUGUUUGGUGAGAAAAGCUGAGUUAGUGAACCAAGAAAGUCUUAUUCUCUUGGAGCAAGAAGCUGCCUACUGUGAAAAUGGUGGGAAGCAUUGAAGCCAAGAAGAGCCUGCUAUCAAACGGGUCUGUUCAACACAAUGGUCUCAACUUGGAGGAGAAGCUUGAUGAGUUCCGUCGUCUUCUUGGCAAAUCAGACAAAGAUCCAUUAAAGGUUGUAAGCGUUGGAGCUGGUGCUUGGGGAAGUGUGUUUGCAGCUCUUCUCCAAGAGAGCUACGGAGGUUUCAGGGAGAAGUUUCAGAUCAGGAUAUGGAGAAGACCCGGUAGAGCUGUCAGCAGAUCGACGGCUAAACAUUUGUUCGAAGUGAUCAAUUCUCGGGAAGAUGUCCUCAGGAGACUGAUAAGACGCUGCGCUUAUCUGAAAUACGUUGAGGCAAGGCUCGGUGAUAGGACGCUCUAUGCAGAUGAGAUACUGAAAGACGGGUUUUGUCUUAACAUGGUUGACACGCCGCUGUGUCCUCUCAAGGUUGUGACAAACCUGCAAGAAGCUGUGUGGGAUGCUGAUAUUGUUGUUAAUGGAUUGCCUUCGACGGAGACACGACAAGUGUUUGAAGAGAUUAGUAAGUAUUGGAAAGAGAGAAUCACUGUUCCUAUUAUCAUCUCUCUGUCAAAGGGUAUUGAAACUGCUCUUGAGCCGGUUCCACAUAUCAUUACUCCAACAAAGAUGAUCCAUCAAGCAACUGGUGUGGCGAUUGAGAAUGUACUCUAUCUUGGUGGACCAAACAUUGCUGCUGAGAUAUACAACAAGGAGUAUGCUAACGCUAGAAUCUGUGGAGCUGAGAAAUGGAGGAAGCCACUAGCAAAGUUCUUAAGACAACCACAUUUCAUUGUUUGGGACAAUAGUGAUCUUGUGACACAUGAAGUAAUGGGAGGUCUCAAGAAUGUGUACGCCAUUGGAGCUGGAAUGGUGGCAGCGCUUACUAACGAGAGCGCUACAAGCAAAUCGGUGUAUUUUGCUCACUGUACAUCUGAGAUGAUAUUCAUAACUCAUUUACUAGCAGAAGAGCCUGAGAAGCUUGCAGGGCCUUUGCUAGCUGACACUUAUGUGACCUUGUUGAAAGGGCGUAACGCUUGGUACGGUCAGAUGCUUGCUAAAGGGGAAAUAAAUAGAGACAUGGGUGAUAGUAUAAGCGGGAAGGGAAUGAUUCAGGGUGUUUCUGCAGUGGGAGCGUUUUAUCAACUGCUUAGUCAGUCUAGCUUAAGCAUAUUGGACUCUGAAGAGAAGAAACCUGUGGCUCCGGUUGAAUCAUGUCCUAUUUUGAAAACACUCUACAAGAUACUCAUCACAAGAGAACAAUCAACACAAGCGAUUCUGCAAGCGUUGAGGGAUGAAACACUGAAUGACCCAAGAGACAGGAUUGAGAUUGCACAGAGCCAUGCAUUCUACAGGCCUUCCCUUCUAGAUCAGCCUUGAUUAGUCUGUCAUGGCCUUCAUAUAAUCCAAACUUGUUGGAUCUGAUUACCAAGAGAGAUAUAACAUAAACUACUUGUUCAAACUGCAGAUUCUGCUGUGUUAAAACAUCCCGUCUUAAAAUGGAUUGUUGUUCAGUCUCGUGAGUCAAUAUAAUCCUUGUACUGUAUCCUUUCUCUGUAUGAUCAACGGAGCUUUUUUUUAUUAAGCAAAUAUCAACUUUAAUAUCCCA